GCCCAGGCUGCGGGCGGAGCGGGCCCAGGCCCGGCCCGGCCCCGGCGCGUCCCGCGGGCCCGGCGCACCCCGGGCCUGCACAGUUGUUUGUGAAUGAAUUUGGCUGAAUAUGGAUCCAGGUGGCGGAAGUCUUGGAUUGCAAACACAGGAAUCCAAAAUGCCUCACACUAUGAUCAUGCAAGAUUUUGUGGCUGGAAUGGCUGGCACUGCUCACAUCGAUGGAGACCACAUCGUUGUGUCAGUGCCUGAAGCUGUCCUGGUUUCUGACGUGGUCACGGAUGAUGGGAUAACCCUCGAUCAUGGCUUGGCAGCUGAGGUGGUCCAGGGGCCCGACAUCAUCACGGAAACGGACGUUGUCACCGAGGGCGUCAUCGUUCCCGACUCCGUGUUGGAGGCCGAUGUUGCCAUUGAGGAGGCUUUGGACACCAGCGACCACGUUCUGACUUCUGACCUGAUCACAGAAACCGUGCGAGUUCCCGACCAGGUGUUUGUGGCAGACCUUGUCACGGGCCCCGAGGGACACUUGGAGCACGUGGUGCAGGACUCCGUGGCCGGGGCCGACUCGCCCACCAUGGUGUCGGAAGAGGUGCUGGUGACCAACUCGGAUUCGGAGGCUGUCAUCCAGGCAGCUGGGACUGUCCCUGGCUCCACGGUCACCAUCAAAACCGAGGACGACGACGACGGCAAGAGCACGUCUGAAGACUACCUGAUGAUAUCUUUGGAUGAUGUUGGAGAGAAAUUAGACCAUAUAGGAAGCACUCCCUUGAAGAUCAGUACCGAGGUGGCAAAUGAUGAUGUUGCUAAAGAUGAUGGCUUUGGUUCAGAAGUUAUCAAAGUCUACAUAUUCAAAGCUGAAGCUGAAGAUGAUGUUGAAAUAGGUGGGACAGAAAUUGUCACCGAGAGUGACUUCCACAAUGGCCAUUCUGUAGCUGGAGUCAUUGAACAAGGAGGUGUUGGGAGAAUGCAGCGAGAAAAAAUGGUUUACAUGGCGGUUAAGGACUCUUCUCAGGAAGAUGAAGAUAUUAGCUGUGCUGAAAUAGCAGAUGAAGUUUAUAUGGAAGUUAUUGUAGGGGAAGAAGAAGCCACAUCCCUUCCAGACACCCAGCUUGAGGACUCUGGCGUGAAUAAAACGUUUGUCCCCGUUGCUUGGGCUGCUGCUUACGGAGAUGAAAGAAGGCUUCCCCGAAGAUACGAAGAUGGUCAAGCGGCAGGAAAUAACUUGGAUACACGAUUAGAAAACAAAAACGGUAAUGCAACACAGUACCUGCAGAUUUGUGAUAGCAUUAGCACUAAUAGAGUGCUCAAACAAAAAACCAAGAAAAGGAGGAGAGGAGAGGCCAGGCAAUGGCAAACAGCUGUUAUAAUAGGUCCUGAUGGACAGCCCUUAACAGUUUACCCUUGUCAUAUUUGUGGGAAAAAAUUUAAAUCCAGAGGAUUCUUGAAAAGGCAUAUGAAGAACCAUCCCGAUCAUAUGAUCAAGAAGAAAUACCAGUGUACAGACUGUGACUUUACAACUAACAAAAAAGUAAGUUUCCACAAUCAUCUGGAAAGCCAUAAACUUAUAAAUAAAGUUGAUAAAACGCACGAGUUUACAGAGUACACGAGAAGAUACAGAGAGGCGAGCCCGUUGAGUUCCAAUAAACUCAUCCUGAGGGACAAGGAGCCCAAGCUCCACAAGUGCAAAUAUUGUGACUAUGAGACUGCAGAGCAGGGGCUGCUCAACAGGCACCUGCUGGCAGUCCAUAGCAAGAACUUCCCUCAUGUGUGCGUGGAGUGCGGGAAGGGCUUCCGCCACCCCUCGGAGCUGAAAAAGCACAUGAGGACCCACACGGGGGAAAAGCCAUACCAGUGUCAGCACUGCGUGUUCAGGUGUGCUGACCAGUCCAACCUGAAAACUCACAUCAAAACCAAACACGGCACCGACCUGCCCUUUAAAUGUGAGCACUGUCCCCAGGCCUUCGCCGACGAGAAGGAGCUGCAGCAGCACACCGAGCUCUUCCAAGGGCAUAAGACUCACCAGUGUCCCCACUGUGACCACAAGAGCACCAACUCCAGCGACCUGAAGCGACACAUCAUUUCAGUGCACACCAAGGAUUUUCCCCACAAGUGUGAGGUGUGUGAGAAAGGCUUCCACCGGCCCUCGGAGCUCAAAAAGCAUAGCGAGACCCAUAAAGGGAAAAAGAUCCACCAGUGUAGGCACUGUGACUUCAAAACCUCCGACCCUUUUGUGCUCAGUGGGCACAUCCUCUCCGUUCACACCAAGGACCUGCCUUUUAAAUGCAAAAGGUGUAAAAGGGGCUUCAGGCAGCAGAACGAACUGAAGAAGCACAUGAAGACCCACAGUGGCAGGAAGGUGUACCAGUGCCAGUACUGUGAGUACAGCACCACGGACGCGUCGGGCUUUAAGCGCCACGUCAUCUCCAUCCACACCAAAGACUACCCCCACAGGUGUGAGUUCUGCAAAAAGGGCUUCCGCAGGCCCUCCGAGAAAAAUCAGCACAUAAUGAGGCACCACAAAGAGGCCAUAAUGUGAUAGGUGAGCUCCAGCAGGAAGUGAUGUAGAAACUGUGGUAUGCUAAUUGGGGAAAAAAAAUAAAUCUCACGAACUGUUUCUCCUGGUUUCAAAGCUUGAUAUUAAACCAUAACUUUACAUUCUUUGUAUUAAAAGUCUUAAAAAGUAUUAGGGUUGGCAGGGGAUCUCAUAGCCCUAUGAUUGUUGCUGAUCAGAACCUAAAGAGCACUAGAGAAUGCAGAGGAUGGAUGAAUGUCUUAAAUUUGCAGAAGGAUGGAUGAAUGUCUCCAAGUGAACGGUAUUUGCCAUUGCUGAGUCUAGAGGACAGGGCAGAGCUGGUUGUGUGACCCAUUCUGUCAGUCCCAACGUGUGUCUCCAGUAUGGAAGCAGAUCCCUGGUGAGGUGAGCUACAGAGGGUUUGCAAAGGAGCCCCCUCUUCACUUCUUGAGCAGUUUGGAACGGGGAGUUUUAGUCAGACACUUCAUCACAACGUUUUCAAUUGUGCCUAGAAAUUGAAUUCCAGAACUGGCGAAAUUUGGGGGGGGGGUGUCCCUUGUUCGGUUUGGUUUGGUUUUGUUUUUAAACAUUUCAUAGGGAAACUUUUUGGUUUCCUUUAUUAGUUUAGGUCCAAGAAGCAUUUUUUUACUGGUUUUCAAAGCUGCUAACCUAUUUUAUUGCAGGAUAUGAUGUUUAAAAUAGAACAUUAUGUUAUGGUCUCAGAGGUGGUGUUCUGGUGCUAGGGUUAAAGAUGUAUAUGUAUAUAAUUUCCCUUUUUUUAUCUGAAACUACAGUUGAAUGUUGUUCAGUAUGGCACAUAUAACAAAAUUAACUUUGAAUUUGACUUUUUUUUUUUAAAGGAUAAAAAUGGAUGCAGCUCAUAGUGUUGUGACUCAACACUAAAUUUUUUUUCCUCGCUACUUUAAAGUCUUCUCUAAAAAGAAUAUUAAAAACAGUUGAAAACUGUAGGGGUUUUAUAAUUAAAAUUCAAAGUACUUAGAGGCUCUUUAGGGCAGUGUUCUUAACAGGUAUGACAGUUACUGUCCUACCUCCUAAUAUGAAAUUUUCCAUAUAGAUGUAAAAUUGCACCUUUUAAUCGAUUCUUUUAAAAAAAGAUCUAUACCAUGCUAUAAACAUGCAUUUUCAACCUGUAAGAAAGUAUAUAUGCAGUAUUUAACCAGAAAAACCUGCUGCCACUAGAGUUUGGAGGUGGAUCUUGAGUUUACAGUGUAUACAUUUAAAAUAUGCAUCCCUUUAAAAAUGCUUUGUGUUAGCAUGCUGCAAAUCCAAUGGCGCUUAUAUAACGAGCUGGUCUAGGGCUAUUUAAUGAAAAACCUGGUCAUAAAUGUUAUGCAUAUAAUGUGUAUUUUUUACUUUUUUUAGUUGCUUCAUGUUUGCACACAGCUAUUCACAUGAGAAAUUGUAACUUCAUGCUAUAUUGUGGCUUUGUGUUCCAGAUAAUGUUCAUAUUUUGUUUUUGCACCAGAUGAGAAUCAGUUCCUUGAGAAUAAAUUUUUUUUAUAUUUCUAAACUUCAGAAAGUUAAAAUUUGGGAAAUCUCUUAGACAAAUAAGUGUUUUAUGUGGCUGUAAAAAAUGAUGUACACGCUGUAAAAUAAGAUUGUCACUGUUCUGUGGGAUUAUUAUUUCUAAAUGUGUUACUCAUCGUAACGGGCAUACAAUAAAACGCAUCUCUUGCACUCCAGAUUUUUUGGAGUUUCCUUUUCAUUUUUGGUGUUCAGGAAAGUGCCAUUCUGUAAAUUCACCUGAUAUUUUUAAUUGCAUUAUUCACUAAUUAAUAUCUAAUCACAUUUCAAGUAAACAGGUUACUGCAGGUCUAUUUAUCAGAAUGUUGAGGAGAGAACAUUGGGUUUGAUUUAACCCUUUAGACCCACAGGUAAUGUAUUUGUGUUUGUUUUGCUUAUUUCUAAAAUAAUUGUCAAAUCUGAUACUGACAUUGCUUUGAAAUUUUUUUUUUCCUUUAAGAGAACAAAAAACUUCUCACAUACUUUAGGAAGAACCAGGUAGGUUUUUGUCUUUUUACCUGUGUAAUAACAGCUUGCUGAAUGGAAUGCUAAAAACACUGCUAUCCUAAAUUCCCUCUCUUUUUAGAAUGUUUGAAUUGCAACAUCAGUAACAGAUUAAAAAGCUGAAGAAGAACAUGUGCUAUUAAAUGAACCCUUCACUGAGGAUUUCCAAUGGGCUUUGAGCCACUGGACUCGUAGGUUUUGCACAAAGAGCAGAAAUUAAGCAGACAGGAAUUAAUUCAUCUGGGUUUUGUUACUGCUUUUCCUUGCAUGCCCAGCAGUCAGAAGGGAAAAAAAUCUUAGUGAUUUAAGGCUGUGGAUUUCUGACAAUGUCAGUGCUUUGUUCCUGAAUGUUAUGUUGAAUACAUGGACUGAAGGAUGAUCCCUGAAGGUGAUCCCUGACUCUGCCCAUGGCUGUGCUGCCUCAUUUUUCCACCCUACAGAUGGACCAAAUAAUCAGGUUUCAGCUGCCCACAAUUAAAGGCAAUAAAUUAGAGAGAAAACACGGAAGAGCUGCAGCAGGACUCUGGAGGUAAAGGUGAGGUACUGGGUGUGGGCUGGUGGCUGCUGGAGUUGUCAGGGACUUCCCAGCCAGAGCUCUCUGGCUUUUAUUUUACAGCUGAGGCAGAGAAACUUCAAUACUGCAGAAAGGUCAGUCAGAACAAAGACAGUUUUCUCCUUUUCAGUGCAAAACAAGACACCCCAUUCUGGCAGAUAAAGACAGGGCAGAAUGUAUGUUGUUGUAAUUAUAUAAAGUAAGUAGUGUCUGAUUUUUUUUCUAAUUUGUUCCUAGAAAAAAUGUAGAAGUCUUGGUGAACAUACUUGAAAAUUGAGGUGGCAAAUGAGCUAAAGUAAAAUCUUCUAACCAGCAUUUACAGAGCUGAGUAAAAGAGAAAAUGUUUUUUUGUAAACUCCAGCAGAAACCACAUUAGGUAAAUCAGUUCCAGUUCCACAGUCAAGAGGGGGACAGCUGAGCCCACAGUAACAGGUGCUUCAUAGUAAAAAAUACUAAAUUUGCUUUUUAAAUACAUAUGGUUUCAAAACAAAACCAGCCUAUAACUAAAUGGCCAUAUGGUUUAUCUACUAGUCUAAUUCAGCUUUUUGACAAUUGCUUUGUGUUUUCUGUGAGUACAAAGUGUAGUUACAGCCUCUGCUCUGCAGCAUUUACAGGGUCUGGUGACCUUCAGAUUCUUUGAGGAACUGUGCUUGUCCCCAGGACAGAGAGCUGGCUGGCCUGAGCAGCAAGCUGGGCUUUUUGUAAGCAGGCUGCAGCUUUCCUGGCUGCCCCAGGAUGGUGUUUCCACUGGGAUGGAUCAGCUGGAUUUGAAAAGAGCAUUUGCCUGUUGGUGGCCUUUGCCAUGGAAUUGUCUCACCACGCCCAGCAGCUCCUGGUCUGAGCCCUGUCCCUCCUUAAGGAGUUCCCUGUGCUGUGCCAGGGAGUGGAGGAAACACAGCUUCGUCUGAGCUGUGGGAAACCCCCGGCCCUGGUGGGAGCACAGGGAGCACCUGCACCCAGACACCUGCACAGAUUGCCUCAGGACUGGCUGAAGAACAGGAGUUAGUCAAGAACAGCUGAAGUCCACAGAGGGAUAGCAUCCCACUCUUCCAAGGGAAAACUUUGCAUUUUCCAGGACAAUGCUGUGACAAUCCCAGUGGUGCCGAGCACUUGGGCUGGUGUGGGGAACAAGAGGAAUUGUCUGCUGCCUACACCACAGCCACAGGGCUGGCUGAAGGCCAGAGAACCUGUGGAGCUGCCAAAGCCACCCGUGUCCAUCCAACCAGAGAACCUGUGGAGCUGCCAAAGCCACCCGUGUCCAUCCAGCCCAGAGAACCUGUGGAGCUGCCAAAGCCACCCAUGUCCAUCCAACCAGAGAACCUGUGGAGCUGCCAAAGCCACCCGUGUCCAUCCAGCCCCCUGAGGCACUGACGGAGCAGCCACUGCCACCAGCACAGCCACAGCCUGGAAUGCCAGCCCUGGACUCCUGCUGCCAGCUGGGAGCAGCUGGAUGAGGAACAGGACUCACCCCCAGGUCAUCCUGCAAAUGGCAGAGCUCCUCCCGCAGGUUCUUGAAGGUGGAAAGCACCAGUCUCAGGGAUUUGUCCGAUGUCGCUCUCAUCUGGGAGGGGACAAAUGAAAAGGAUAAUUGGGAUUAAUUAGGCAGCUUUGUUUACAAUAUGCCUGACCAGAGGUAGAACAGAAACUGCUUUACAGGUGACAAUAACUUCUAAAAUCAUUGCACUUCCUUUGAAGUGCCCACAGUUUCUACUGGAAAUGUUUUCAUUGCACUUUGUUCUGCAAACGCCAGUGUUCAAUUUCUGCCUUGUAACGCAAGACAACGUUAAAAUGGAAGGAAGAACAGGGUAAGGAACUGCCUUUGUACACAUAUAAAGGGAAAAAUAAAUGUGUUAAUAUUGUACAAUUAUUAUUUGAGCUAUAAAAGCUUUGUGCUUACACUGAUUUUUAAAAAUUACUGCCCUGCCUGAAAAGGCAUAGAGGAAUGAGUCAUGUUUGAGAUCUGGCAAAGCUUUGGGCUCAAGGAUGAGGGAAUUUAAUUAACAUUUUUAAAAAUUCAAAUUAAAAAAGCUCAUACAGGCAACUCCUCCCUUUAAAAGGAAAAAGAUCCUAAAGAUGAAAGGAAUCACCUGGAUGAAAGAGAAAACUAUAAGUGACCACAGCCCAACACUGUUCUCCUUUGGAGUGUUAAUUUUAAUGCCUUUAAUAGCUGUGUAUUGAUUCAGGUGAAAGUAUAAAUUGUUGCAUUUCAUGAUACAUUUAUAACAUCUAAAGGAAGAAAAAUAGACUUUGAAAGGACACACAAAAUAACUCCUCAAGUUGUAAUGCUCCUGGAAGGGUUGAAUAUUCUGUGCAAAAUCUGUGUUUUUUUCCUGUCCAGAUAAAAGUGAAACCCUCCUGUGUGUUCCCUUAACUUGGAGCUCUCAUGCUCUCUGGGGAUUGGCCCUUGCCCAGUUUUUUAUCCCCAUUGAUGCCAUGAUGUGACUGAGACUUCAUUCCUAGUGUAAUUCACCUUUUUUUUGGUUUUGUAAUUAAAGUGGAAUUUCACUUUU